GUUAACGAGACUGCGCCCUGCGAGCAAGGUGGGAGGGGGGCACGAGAGCGAGAGAGAGAGAGAGAGAGAGAGAGAGAGAGAGAGAGAGAGAGAGGUCCAGCUGCAGAAACAGAGAGAAAAGAUAACGCCUCAACAAUGGCACCAUCAAGCACCUGGUAGUCGAGGGAGGGGAGCUGCACGCUGCGGGAGUUGGAGGCAGAGACGCAGGCUUACUGCCAUUGUGAGCCAUGGUGGAGUACGACUGGGGCUGUCAUUUAAAAUGGAGCUCUAGGGGGAAGAGAAGCGGGCUGGCUCCAUCAUUGGGAGGCGCGUCCACCUGCUAAUAGAGGAGGCCCAGGCUCAGAGGAGGAGGAAGAAGAAGAGGAGGAGGAGGAGGUGGUGGAGGGGAGAAGAGAAACAUGGAGAAGUGCCUGCGUUGAAGGUCCGAGCUUUUUUUUGUAAUUUCGUGUGGCAAAGGAGGCGUCGAGAAGAAAAGAAGCCUGAGAUCUCUCUGUCAGCGCGUCUGCAGGUGGGACAGUGGAGAUGAUGCACAAGAGACGUGACGUGUCCCACUGAUGGAUGUUCUAAAGGAGACCAGUCUCAUUGUGCAGGCUUUGAACUCCACACAGACCAAUGCACUGGACCAGACCGGGCUAAGUGAGCUGAGAGGUAAUCUAAAGUUGUGCGGUGCACAAAGAGGGGGUUCAGACUGCCAUAGAGUGGCUUUGGCGCUAAGGGAGUAUCGCCUCCCGAGCCCACCCUCACCACAGACUCUCAAAGAAGCCCCUGAGCAGCCCACCGAUGAGUCCUCCAGCCAUGCCGUAUCCCUCACAUCCUGCGUUACCAAGAGUGUAAGCUCCUGGUCCGUGCCAGAGGACAGCAACAAGCCUCCCUUCACCAUGAUGGAGCCGCUGGGCGUCUCUGGACUGACCGAGGACUGCCUGCAGAGCCGCACCUGCCUGGACUGCAUCAUUGAGACCAAGGAUGCUUCAGAUGCCGAGCCCAGCAUCAGCCUCAAAAUGGCUGACAUAAACCGGGAGUAUGAUGCUUGCUCCAUCUCUGACAUUAGCAUGCAGUGCAUGAGCACCAGCGAGACAGGCAAUUAUGGGGAUCAGCUCCUGUCUGACCAGCUUUUGAGCUUCCCCAUACCCAAGUCCCAUUUGGGGGAGGAGAAGGACACAGAAAAAACAGAAAACGACCCAGAUCAGACAGCUAAGAACUUGUAUGAGGGCCUGCUGCUGGACAAAUGCAAUGGGGAGGAAGGCCUGCUCACCAAUUCCAACCAGGACUGGGGUUACUUUGAAUCCUUCAUCAGUGAGAGUAAAAUGGAGCUGCUGGACCUUUGUUCAAAAAAUGAGCUCUCGGUGAACCUCUUCUCAGAGGAGGAUGUAGACAACUAUAUGUUUGAUGAUGAUGAUGAUUCUACGCUGAGCAGUGAUGUGUGCUCCCUGAAGAUCCGCUACGAGUCCUUCCAGGACAACAUGAGAGAAAAGACCAACGUCCUUCAGGAGGAAACGCAGUUCAACUUUUUUCCCAGUGUGGUGGUGAACUGCACGAAAAAAGAUAGCGUGGUUAAGAGAAGUGUGGAUGGAAGCUUAGCGAAACCCGAAGAACUCGGACUGGAAAAUGAAAGCAAAGGAGAUGGUUCCUUAGAUAGGACACUUGAUUAUAGUCCAAAAAUGAACUACUUCGUUGAUUCCGGCAACUCGGCUGAAGACUCGGGGGAGUAUAGUGAUGACAGCUCAAGCACUGGCUCCUCCAUCGACACUUUCCAUGUGGGCAAACAUAAAAACUCGUUUCCUCGAAAGAAUGGAUGCUCGUCCAACCCUCUAAACUAUGGACUACGAGCAAAGAGGAAAGCCAGGUUCAGUGAUGACUACCUUUAUGACGUCGACUCCAUCGAAAGUGAAAAAAACAACGAAAAGCGAGAAAAACCACCUUCUGAUCCGAAAGAAGAACAGGAUGACGACUGGUGUCCUAAAAAGAGAAGAAAAUCUUCCCGCAAGGAGCCACCCGUGAUCAUCAAAUACAUCAUCAUAAACAGGUUCAAAGGAGAAAAACAUAUGUGUGUGAAGCUCAGCAAAAUUGAUCCGGCAGUCACGACUAUAAGCUUAAACAAGGACACCAUCAGCAAAUAUGAAAAGCUGGCUCCUCUGAAAGAUUUCUGGCAGGAAAAACAGAGGGAGCACGAGGAGCAGCUUAGGCUGGCUGCAGGAGAUAAACACAAUUUCCAUCUUAAUGGCCGCCAUCGACCCUUUAGUUCCAGUCCUCCCAAAAGGAAAUACAAGCUAGCAAACAGACUUAGGAUUCAGAGGAUUCAAACUGUGGAGCAAUCACCCCACAAGCAGGGUGCCUCUCCCUCUGAUCCUAGGGAGGAAGUCGCUUCUAAAGAGGAGGCAAGGCCACCGACAAUAGCAGCCCCCAGCUGUGCAAGCGCAUUAGACCCAAAUGACAUCAUACGCACUACUACCCGAAAGAGCAGAACACAAGAGAUGGAGGAGAGCAGAAUGGCAAAUAAAACGGUCAGAAUGCGUAAAUUCAAAAGCGAAGCCAGGCUAAGAAGCAAGAAAAUGAGGGACCUUGAGGAGAGCAGUGAAAGCAUGACAAACCUGACCAAUGCUUCCGCUGUGCUAGGAAAUAAGGACACAGUAGGGAGUGGGAAAGAAACCGAGAUCAACUCGGCUGCACACAGUCCCCAGUUAUGUGAGAGUCAAACAGCCGAUGCCACUGAAAAAUUUGCUUUUAUGCCUGCCACCUGCUCCCCUAACAAUGCUACGUCAUCUGAGGUUGUGGCUACAGGUGUACCCGUUAUCCCCGGGGGCUACUUACAGACAUUGUUAGAUGCUUCGGAUUCCUCGGGUGGCUCUGGCGUCUCUUUUUUCCCUCAACAGACCCCCAGGCAACACUCGCUGGGUCUCUCUUUGGAGGAGCAGCAAUUUGCUUCUCUUCAGCUGGCCCAAAGCUGUGUACUCUCCCCACCCUCUGAAUCAGAGCUCCAGCAGUCACCCCAGAAUGGUCCCAGCCUUACCCAGAUGUGGCACUCCCAGCUUGGCCCGAACCAGCAGUUUGCUACCGAUAUCCCUGAGACGGCUAUCUUGCCCAGCAACUUCUCCAGUGCUAUUCCCAUGCCAAUGUCAGAGAACUUGCCAGUGCCUGGGUACAGCCAGCUGGGGUUGGAAAGCAACAGAAUGCUUUAUGAAAAAAAUUACAUGCCUGAGCAGGCGCUGCCGCCUGAUGCGGAUUUUCAAGCGUGUCAGGUUCCCUGCGUGGAAGGCCAGCUACAGUUUCAAAGAGGCACACUGCACACUGACAACGGCAGGCUCAUCAGUUUCGACUCAGUUGGCUCGCUGUCAGCUACUUCCAGCAAUUACAGCUCUCUGAGUCUCAAGUCCUGCGAGAAGGAUGGCGAGGAUGAUGUGAACGAGAACUUUCUGGCCCACUGCAGUCCCAAACUGGUGAUUCAGCAGAGUAUUGAUGCAAUCACACCCCUGAGGGAAUCCACAGACUUGCUGGAUAUCUCCAACUUCACACCAGAUAAAUUCAGACACACAUCACUGUCGGAGCUCUCGCCCCCUGAGACGCCGAAUUUAUCCCCCCAGGUCAUAGGCCGAGAGAUGAAGAUAGCAGGAAAGGCCAAGGAUCUCCACAAUGGAUCCGAGAUGACACUGGAGGGCAAUCAAGAAAUUAAAUGGAAUUGCAACAUGAUAGAGCAGCCCGGAUUCGCACUAGAUAGUCACCAGUAUCAGUUGUACAGCUUUAAUGACGAUGACCACUUAAGCUUGGAAAAGAAGGAGGCAAAUCAAGCUGGCUUCGAUGUGCAGGUUGCCGAUGUAAACAGCGAGGUGAAAGGUGCAAAGACAAAGAGGAAAAAUAGCAGCAAGCAAACCGCAGGCCAGGGCACUAAAAAAAUCAAAGCACCAAGAGCUCCAAAGGGGGAAAAAGUUAAGACCCCACGACAGAAUUCACGAGCGUCCAAAAAGCUAAAAGCCUUAUUGGAUGAAAAGGGUGGUAAUGGCCAGGUAGAGGGGUCCAAGGGUUCAGCAAACCAGCUGACAGAUAGCGGCUCUGAGGACUGGCCAGGAAUGGGCUGGCCAGAGGGCAGCGGUAAAGAUGACGAGCAGCGGGAGUUCGAAGAGCCUUCAAACAUCCUAUCUAACAUAGUAUCAGGGAUGGCUGAAGUGCAGCGUUUCAUGAUGGCGUCUAUUGAGCCGAUAUGGGGCCCUGCCGCGAACAUCUGUUUACCCUCAGAGGCAAACAGCCUGAAGUUAAAGACUCUCAAAAUCCUGGCAGGGACCUCGUCUGACCCCAAGAAGAAAGGCGCUGCCUCUGCCGGGGGUACAAAAGGCAGGAAAGCUGGGGGUAAAGGUGGCAAAAAUCAGGCCAAGUUCAACGCCUCUCACCCCUUUUUCCCCCAGUUGGCUCUGGGUUGUAACAUGUUUGACAAGCCUAACCUCGGCGUCCCCGGCAUAAACGGGCCCGCACACAAAAAGAUGUACCGUCACAAGACCAGUGCGAAAUUCCCUCGGAUCGAAAACAUUAAGGGCAAGCGGGCUGAGCGAGACCCAAAUAAGGACAUAGCACUGAUGACCUCUUUUGAAAAACUGAGGUAAUAUUUUGUGACUAGCUGCUGAUGCACGUUCCUCACUUUCCCCCCCCACUUCCUGCUCAGCCCUUAGUCCCUGACAUACCUGCACUGACUCAAUGCCGGAGAUGCAUGGAAAUUACGUUACCCUUAACCCACCCUCCUUAUUUUUUGCCCCCCUGAAGAAGAUAUAGAUAUCUUGCAUGAGAAACUUCUUGUACUUGCAAACUACCUAUUGAGUGAUUGUGUAAGGCUUGAUUGAGAUUUUAAACUACCAUGGCUGCAUUUUCUUCUUGCUUUUGCUGUUUUUCCUUGUAGCUGUUUUGGUUCUUUUUGUCUGAAGAGAAAAAAAAAGCCUUGAUAAACGUGUUUUUUUGGGAGACUUUUUUUUUUUUGUUGUUGUUUUAAUUUUAUUCUUAUUUUUUAACCGUGAAAUUUUGCUGCCCUAAAUUUGUGUAAUUAUAUUCCUCGUUGGAAACAUGUAGCUAUUUGGGUAAAACCGCUUGUGAAAAGUUCGCUCCCACAUUAGUUUUUGUAUGCAGGACGGGACGAUCUCUCCUGUCCGUCUCCCUCAUACUGCCUGACUUUUUUUUAGGUGGGAAGUGCUCAGCCUCCUAUCGAGGAUAAUCAACAUCCUUUGUAGGCCCCAAGACAUCAAUAGCACAUAAUGGGACCAUUUUGUAUUGAAGACAUAUCAGAUUAACGGUUUGUUCAUUUUUUUUCUUUUCUUACUGAUGGAAUGAAGUUAUAAUUUUCUUCCUAUGCUUUUACAGGAGUUUUACUGGAACUUAUCUUAGAGGGACAGUUCUAAGCCAUGGAAAUUCCAAAAUGCUUCACUUUAUUUUCUUUUUCUGCCAGUGACCCUGUAUAGAAAUGCACUAUUUAAUGAAAACAUCAGCUCUAAAAAUCAGCGUGCCAAAUGUAAACUCUGUGCAAAUUUACUAUCAGUACUGCAUACUGGCUGUUCUGUUUUCUAUCCAUAUGAAGUAUGGCCAUUCUCUGUUGAGACUCUCCUGAGAAUUGACAUUCCAGAUCCGCCCCCCCUCCUUUUUUUUCUUUUGGGAACCUAUAUUGUGAAGAGCACCCUGCAGCUGACAGUGGUACAAAACCACUCACUUAACCAAAACAAAACGCACCCUGAACUUUCCUCCUUUUUCCGCCUCCUUGCCAAAUUCAGUUUACCUCAGCAUACCUUGGCUUUGAGAUUAAAAAGAGACAAACAAGUGGAGACGCUUCUUAAUGAAAAGCACAGAAGAAGAUAUGGACAAUGUUCAUUCUGCACAGAGAACACCGUCUAUCUGGCGUCGGAUGCUUGCCAUGUUCAGGACCAGGACAUGCUGGUGAGGGGAAAACUGCACACGGGCCGUGGCGCCCACUUGCCUGCCUUCUUGUUUCUGCCUAUUAUCAAUUGAAUGUACUUCAAGAUUUGUACAGUGUGCCACUGUUGAGCUGCCUCCUCUUACUGGUGCUAAGAAAGCAGACCUUUUUCUUUUUCUUCCCAGAUACAACAAAACAGAAAAAAAAGGAAAAAAAAGAGAAAAUAUAGAAAGACAGAACCCUAAUCCUCUCUUUAUGAAUGUAUAAUAUAUGGUUAUGUUUGAUGUAUUCACACCAUAAUUAUUUGACAUUAAUUGGGAUUCCUUUUUGCCUUUUUGUUGAAAAGAGUAUUGAGCUUUAUAAAUAUUGUCUAGAGUUGAUACCAGAGGGAUUCUUAACGAACUCUUGACAUGACAAAAAUACUGUAUAUUUUUCUCUGUGCCAAUUUGUAACAUAUUUUGUAAGUGUAUAUUUUUCUUAGAAAGUGCUGUGAAGUAUUAGUGUGUGUGAGUAACCUUUUUUGCGCCUCUGUAGGCAGUGAAAAGGAUGUAUAACGAAAAGGUUUCUGGUUUUAAAAACCAAAAUAUUAAGUAACAAGCAAACAAACAAACAAAAAAAAAAUCUACAUUUUUGUUGGGAGUUUUGUACGAGGAAAUUGACCUUGUUGUGGGAGUAAUGUGUUAUUGUGGAAAACACAAAUAGGCAAAGAAAGAAAAAUGAAGAAAAAAAAUGAAGAAAAUUUGUGAACCACUUGCUGUUUUAUAGAUUUUUCAUGUAAAUUAUUCUAGUAUUAUUUUGUUUAUGUUGUAACUGUUGCAAAGGUUUUAAAUAUUUGUGAACCCGCCUGUAUGGUGAUAAUGUAAUAUUGGUAACUUGCUGAGUUUUGUAAUAAUGUUUAUGGAGUAAAUAUACAAAUUAAAUUGAGAUUUUGAAUGCUG